AGCCGGUUGACCUUACCUGUGCAAUUUUGCUACACCUCACACCCCCAAAAGAGAGAAGAUUAGCCAAGGCAAGUCACCAGCACAAACCCCAGAUCAGCAACGAAAUUGUAGAUGGGAAACUGAAAAAAAGGUGUCACAUCCUCAUCUAACCACAGGCUACCACCAUUACUACUAGUAGUAGAGCUUUUUGCCCCGUUUCCACCUCACCUCUCAGCUCAUCGCUUACAUAUGGCUGCAGCGGCCGCUGCCCCCCGUACACCACGCCACGCACUCCAAAACCCAUAAAUAAAAGGCGCGAGGCCACACACGCAGCAGGCCGCCUUAAACACACCACACCCCUCUCGUGGGAUGCGGCUGCUCCCCCCGGUCAUGAACACCCUCCCGCCGCCCACGCCGCCGGCCGCCGGCGACCCGUUCGCGGCCACCCUUCCGCCGUCAUUGCCGUCGCCGCCCCCGCCGUCCUCGUCGUCGUCGCUCAACCUCUCGCCCUCGCUGCUCAUCAUCGCCGCGCUGCUGGCGUUCGUCUUCUGCGCCUCCGUGUCGAUCCACCUGCUCCUCCGCUGCCUCGCCCGCGCGUCGUCGUCGUCGCACCCGUCCCCGAGCCCGUUCCCGGCGGCCAGGGCGCGCCGCGCGUCCGACGCGGAGGCGGAGGAGGUGGGGGCGGGGUCGGCGAGGAGGAGCGCGGCGGCGGUGGGGCCGGAGGAGGCUCAGGCCGCGGAGGUGGACGAUGAGAAGGAGCGGCUGAUCGCGUCGCUGCCGCUUUUCACCAUGGCGUCGGCGCUGGCGGCGCUGCCCAAGAGCUCCCCGGACUGCGCCGUCUGCCUCUCGCCCUUCUCCCCCGACGCCGAGCUGCGGCUGCUCCCGGCGUGCCGGCACGCGUUCCACGCCGCCUGCGUCGACGCCUGGCUCCGCACCACCCCAUCGUGCCCGCUCUGCCGCGCCGCCGUCUCGCUCCCGCACCCGCCGCUCCCCACCGCCGCGCCCGCCGCCGCCGCCGCGGGGCCGGGCGCGCAGGAGCCGCUCGACUCGCGGGUCGGCGGCAGCAGCAACAACUCGAGGAGCUUCCGCGUCGAGAUCGGCAGCGUGAGCAACCGCCGCUCCUCCGCCGCGGGUGACGACCGCCGCACCUACUCGCUGGGCUCCUUUGACUACCGCGUCGACGAGGAGGUCGAGGCCGUGGUGUCCCGCAUCACCCGCCCCGCGGUCUCGGCUGCGGCGGCCAAGUCGGCGGCCCAGCAGGCCGUGCCGGCGACCCCCGUCGAGGCGCUGGCGGAGGCGGCGGGGUCCCGCGGGUGGCUGCGCGAGUACGUCGACCGCCUCGCCUCCUCGGCCUCCUCCCUCUCCGGGCGGUGGAGCGCGCGGUGGAGCCAGGGACACCACAGCGCGCGGUGGAGCCAGGGCCACGGCCACCACAGCCGCAACCACAGCCAGAGCCACCGGCAGGAGGACUCGUGGCGGUGGGACCCCGAGGCGGCGGCGGGGGCGGCGAUGCACCGCGCGCCGGACGAGGAGGAGCCGGGGUUCGUGGCCCUGUACCGUUGGAUCGUCGGGGUAUAGCCAGCUGUAAUUACGGGACCUCACGGGGCGUUUUUGCCAACUCCUUCCGCAUUCUUUCUUUUUUAUUUAGGACUCCGUUGUAAAAACACAAGAAAACAAUCGGCUCCAGUCUCCAGAUGUGAGAGAGUUUAGCGUCUCCGAAGCUUCUUCUCCUCCUUCCAUUAGUUUGUUCGACUUGUUCGUUGUUGUUUUCUGGAGCUGCAAUGCAAGGCGAUUUUGGAAUUUGA